AUGUGGUAUCUCUCCUCCCGUUCUCCUUCCGAGAUCAAUUCCAAUAACCCAGAUGACAAUAUCAUCGAUAAUAUAAAACCUGCAGGCUGCGGGGUGGCCUUACCCGGAUAUUCCCUUCUCUGCUUCGCUUCACCCGUUCGUUUCCCAAGACAGGCUCUUGUCUAUUCUCUUUCCUCUUACCGACUGGCCGCAGGCGUUCAUUCUUUCAACUUCAUCUACACUCCCUUAAGCUUCUCCACGGCCGUCGCUAUGUUCUACCGAUUUGCGACAUUCCUUGUUCUUGCCUGCUCUUUCUCCACUGUCUUCUCUGCCCCUGUUCAGCGGCUUGCAAUUCUUCGAGAUAUCGAAGGAAAAGUUGAAGCCCGUGGGGCACGUCAGGGAAACCCAAACGUUAGGCGGCAGGUCGAUUGCGCUCCGGUCACCAUCACCAGGACUGUCACUGUCGACCCACCUGCCGCCACACCUGCCACUCCACCAGCUGGCAGCGGAAACAAUGCACCUGCAGCACCUGCUGGAAACCUCCAACCUUUUGCCGGCGCACUCGGCGGCCAACGUGCCCCCGCUGUAACCCCGGGCGGGCGCGGAUUCCAAGUAGAGAACAACGCAUCGUUCCAAGCGCUCCAGAACGCACUCCAACGUUCGUGCGACGUACAGAAGAAUCUCUGUGCCAACGUCGCGAACUCCGCGUCUGGAAGGGAUUCUGGGCUCACCGUAGGCCAGUGCGACCAGCAGGGCGACCAGUGUCGGGCAGGUAUCGCCUCAGCCGUCGCGAACGGCGGUGCUGCUCAGCAAGCUCCAGCACAGGACCAGAAUAACCAGGCCGCCACUCCGCCUGCUGCCCCAGAGAAUGCUGCGAACAAUGGCAGCAGUGAGACUACCGGCGACACCGUCGCAACCGCAGGGAAUCUUCAAUCCUUCGCUGGCGCUCUUGGCGGUCAGAGAGCACCUACCGUUACCCCUGGCGGCCGUGGCUUCCAGGUCGAGAACAACGCUUCCUUCCAAGCCCUCCAAGACGCUCUUCAACGCUCGUGCGACGUACAGAAGAACCUCUGCGCCAACGUCGCCAAUUCUAACGCUGGACGCACCUCGGGUCUUACGGUCAACCAAUGUGACGCGCAAGGCGACCAGUGUCGAGCGGGUAUCGCUACUGCAGUAACUGCUGGUACGACCGGUGGUGCCGCUCAGAAAGCACCUACCCAGAACCAGAACCAGAACAACCAGGCUGCGGGCCCGCCUGCUACCCCAGCAAGUACUGGAAACGCAGGAGGUGGUAAUCUUCAACCCUUCGCUGGGGCCUUGGGCGGCGAGCGUGCGCCUUCGGUCACAGCUGGCGGGCGUGGUUUCCAAGUUGAGGGCAACGCCUCGUUCCUUGACCUCGCCUCGGCGCUUCGCCGUUCAUGUGACGUGCAGAAGAACAAGUGCGCGAACGUCGCCAACUCCGAUGCCGGUCGGGGAUCUGGUCUCACCGUAGGACAGUGCGACCAGCAAGGCGAGCAGUGUCGUGCAGGUAUCUAG